AUCAUUUCACUGCUCUCCCACUCAUCAUCAUGGGACCAACAUCGAUUGGUUGGUUAUCAGUGAGAGGAAUAAUCAGUAUUUUUCUCUAUUUUCUACUCACAAAAGAUGCAUCUGGGGAAACCAAUGGCAUUUGUACUAGGACUGAAGUGGUUUCCAAACUCAAGCCCCGAAGAAUCUUGAAAUCGUACGAAGAAACUUAUCGGGAUUGGUGUCGUGAUCGAUACUACUAUAGUUCAUAUCAGUGUGUUAAGACACGAAUAAAUAGACACUUUGUAAUUGAAAAUGAGAGUUACACCGAGCUUGAAACAAAACACUUUUGCUGUCCUGGUUAUUCUAUUGAACAAGAAUCACCACUCAGAUGUGCCCCAGUUUGUGAAUUUACCUGCUUAAACGGAAAAUGCACUAGCCCAAAUUAUUGUGAAUGUGAUUCUGGUUAUAAGAAAAACAACAAUACGGAAAAUAUUUGUGAACCAGUUUGCAGUGAAGAGUGCAGCAACGGUUAUUGCAGCAGCCCAGAACAUUGUAAAUGUGAUUUGGGCUAUGACCACAUCCCAAGUGUAUCAACGUCAAAGUUUGUUUGUUCUCCGGUUUGCUCAAAUUCAUGCAUUAACGCAAACUGUGUCGCUCCUGAUGUCUGCCUUUGCUUGCCAGGGUUUGCUAAGACUCUUGUAGACCCCUCCAAGUGUCACCCAGUAUGUAACCCACCUUGUAAAAAUGGAGUGUGCUCAGCCCCUGAUGAAUGCAUUUGUUUUGAAGGGUACUCUCAGAGUGUACCGUGGUAUGAUUGCAAUCCUGUUUGCACAGAAUGUGUCAAUGGAAUAUGUAGCGCUCCUGAACAGUGUUCUUGCCUCAAUGGAUUUCGAAAGGUCGCCAACGUCUGCGAGCCAAUAUGUUCCAACGGUUGUUCAAACGGAGAUUGUAUAUUGCCAGACACAUGCUCUUGUCUUCCAGGUUAUGAAAAUUCCUCUGACCCAUUUUCAUGUAUCCCCAUUUGUUUCCCAGAGUGUGUCAAUGGCAACUGCAUCAAUCCUGACCAAUGUGAGUGUUUUCCUGGUUUUGAAGAAAACGAUAAAAACGUUUGUCAACCGUAUUGCAACAGUUGUGAAAACGGGUUGUGUUCCGAACCUGAAGUUUGCUCAUGUUUUUGGGGGUUUGAAAAUGAGAAUAUAUCUAGUUGUUCCCGUCAAAACAUUAAACAAAUUGAUUGCACCUUUUCAAAUAUAAUUACAAAUUACAAAUUUGACAAAAGCUGCUUUACACCAAAUACAAGAUUUCCAAUGAAGAUGGCAAACUGUGAGAUUCUGCAAUACUUGACAGUGUUGUAUGAAAACGAGACUGUACUAGAACUGUUUUGUAAAGAGGUUUCAAAUAUAGAACUAGUGAAUAAUAUUCUUUACCUUUCACUGGAAUGUAUGCUAGGGCUACAGAACAUUGAGGAGACUUACACUGAAGAAAUCUCGACAUCAUAUGAAUCCUCAAGUACGUCAUCCACUCUCACCAACUAUUCUGACACUGAGUCAACAAUUGAUUAUAGCAGCUGGUCAUCUGAGCAUACAUGGCCUACAUCUGAGAGAUCAACAGAAUUUUCUGAUUUGGAUUAUACAAGUGAAAAUAUAGAAAGUGAACCCGAAUUUCACAUAAAAUAUGACACAAUAAUGUCUAAUGCAACUAAAUUUACUGAUUUACUGCUUGAUGUAAAUAUAACUUUGAAAUUCCUCCCUCUAAUUGCAAAAUCAAGGAUUAUGGAACACCAAUUUGACAAUAUCACAGUUUCAGAGAAGGAUUGGUGUCUUUGCCACAGAAAUGAGGGCAAUUGGAGCAUCUGUGUCUCUUCGCCAGUGCAACUAUACAUGUGCCCAUGUCCACCAACCUUUUCAGGGUUAUCAGUAGAAGGUGAAGGAUCAACAUUGAUUGGUGUAUUGAAAAACUUGAUAUUGUUGGUGAUAUUUUUAAUGGCAGCCCUAGCAGUGGUCUAUAUCCUUCAUAAAAAUAAAGACCAAUCUGGAUCUUACUCAACCUAUGGACCAGAAAGAAAAACAGAUGAAAGUUCCAGCACACCACUGCCAAUAGACUUAGUAGUCUUAGAUGGAAUCCCAGAGGACAACACUCAACGGUUGUGUGAAGAAUAAUUAUCAUUAUCAAAAGUUGGAGAAGAAGGAUUCGGUUUUUUUUCUACUUCACAUUUGUCACAUGAUUGCCUACUGAUUAAAGAUUGAAUUUCAUAAA